AGUUUAAGGCGGCAGUUUUUGUAGCAGCUCCGUUAGCUUUAGCUAACGUUAGCUAGACAAAUGCCUCCCUGACUAGCUAACGUUAGCUGUCAGGUUACUAACGUUACUUGGUGAAAUUGGAAUCUAAAAAAUAAGCAUGCGUAGAUGGCUUCCACCAGAUCCAAGCGUUUUCUCAGGAAAGAGCUAAAAAAAAAGUCAGAGCUCGAUGUGGUUGUGAUCAGCUUGAGGGCCGAGAAUGCCUGUCUGAAGAAGACCUUGGUUCAACAAAUCCGGCUUGCAGAGAGAUUCUUCUCUUUUCAAACUGUUAAGCUGAGGAGCAGUCAGCAGCUCUCCACCAAAGACGAGAUGGCUCUGCAGUCAGAGGAGAUGAGCAAGAAAGAAGGGAAGCAGAUAGACGUAGGAUUGGAGAAAAACAAGGAGUGGCUGGAAUAUGACGAGCAGAGAGAGGCCUACGUGAGGGCGACUCUGGCCAGAAUGUUAUGGCUGGAGAAGCAGCUGAACGCAGCUAAUCAGGCUCUCUUACAGCAGAACAAUGAGGACCAUUCAAAUGCUCUCAUUAGAGAAGUGGAGAAAUUCCACCAGAUGCAGAAGCACCAUGAAAGACUCUUACGGAAAGCUGAAGACGAGCUGAUGGUGCUCAGAGAGAACUUCAAAACGAUAGAGCGGAAACUGAUAAUGACCGAAAACCAAUGCCAGGAAAGAGAGAGGGAGGUAGACGAGCUAAAGCAACAGCUGCAGACUGAAAAUAUGAGCAGAACCAGUUCAUGGUCCGACGAUCAAUGCUGUGAGGAUGAAGAGGAAUGGCUGAGUGCUGAGAGCGAAGACCUUCAGUGCCGACCGGAUGAGGAGAAGCGAAGAUUGUCUGGCUUUGCGCUGCAGUUUUCUGUCUUUCAGAAGUUAUUGGUAACUGGUCAAGAAAAGAUUGCGGAACUGGAACGACAGAUCCAGAUUUAUUCACAAGACCUUGAGGAUGAGAAGCAGAAUUGUUCAUAUUUGAAGAAGAAAAUAGUCAGAGUUCUGCAGAAUCAGCAGGAUCACACGUCAGGCCUGUGCUCCAGAGACAGCGCGACAUGGACCCCCCCCCGCAACCUGCUGAACGAAAGCUUCCUGGAGUGUCCCAGCUGCCGAGCCGAGUACCCAGUCAGUCACCACCGGGAACUGAUGAGCCACCUGGAGAUCUGUCUCAAAUAAGCCAAGCCCAGUCCUUCUUUAUGUGUCUUCUGGAUUAUGCAUUGUUUUUUUUAACCUGCUGUGGAACCAGAGGAACACGUCAACUUAAUAAACCAUGUGAUCAGUU